UCCUUUUGACUCUGGCGCCCACUAGUGCCCGAACCGCUAUUGCUGCUGCUGCUGCUGCUACACUUGGGGUGUGGACGUGGGUUAGGUGACUUUUGUAAUUGGCGAGAAAGUGUGUUCAAGACCAGCGUACAGUUGAGCUGAAGCCAUGGCCCAACAUGGCAUGAACUACAUCUUAAGAAGAGGAAAAUCACAUCACACCUCCCUUCAGUCCAACAGUGUGGUGCAUGGCCAUGUCCAAGGCACAGGUUUGGUUAAAGGAGUCACUUCAUACAAAAGCCUGGGAGCUGCCACUAGGAUCAGUGACAACAUACUGGCUGGCAUCCACCCGAGCACCAAACCAAAGCUGCUCAAUGGUUAUAAUAAUCACUGGCACAAGGGCAAAGGUGAAGCAUCUUCAACUUCAAAGACACUCAGGAGACAAAGAAGUUCAACUUCCUUGAAGUCUAACAGUGUCAGCAGUGAAUACAUUUCAAACAGUGUUCUAGGAAAUGGUGCCUUAGAACCUGGCUCUGGUUCCUUGGCCCUCAGUACGGAACAAAUGGCUUCCCAGUUUUGCCAUGCAACAGGAAAAGAUGGUUUCAAAAGGAAAAAAAUCAGAAGUAAGAAGAGAGACAAUAAAAGCACAUGUCCAGAUAAAUCUACAAACCAAAUGACCCCUCAACCAGAAGACUGGGAGAAUGAAGUCCAAGAGAUUCCAAACACAGGCUGGAACAAAAUGUGUUUUGAUUUUACACCUUAUGAUCCAGGAGAUGUGCUUCAUUUAUCAGUCAGUGAUUUGACACUGAAAGAGACAGAGACAGAUGGUGCCAACCAGGCGACAACCUCCAUCUACAGCCCAGCGAUACACCACCCACUUCCAAUUAAAUGGGCUAGCUACAGUAUACCAUCUGAGGCAGGGCAGUUCGCCGAAGCUGACGGGGGGCGUGAUUGAUCCCUGAGCAGCAUGACUGAAAAAUAAGGACAAGGGGAAUUAAUGAUAUAAUAAAUAUAUUUUGAAGUAACUAUUUACUGUGUGACCCUAUAGAAAUCACUGACUGUUUUCUGUCUUUGUCAUUGUUUAUUUUAUUUAUUGGGGAGAUUUUCAGGUCAUCCAGAGUAAAUGUUGUUUAAACUGUAACAGAAACAGGAGGAAUUGAGCAUUUUAUACAUUUAAACCAAACUACAAUUAUGUGUAAAAAAGAAAAAAAGAAAAAGGACUUACAUUAUAGGGACAUACAAUAGAUUUGACUGAAAAGUACUGUUCUGUGUGAACAUUAUCUGAAAUGUAGCUGUAUUUCUUUUGGUAUAAAAUGAAGUAGUCUUCACGUAUAGCUUUGUGUGAUGACGUAUUUGUCCCCUGCGAAAUGAGUUUGUGUGCCGUACGUCAGAAAAAUGGAACCAAACUUUCUUAAUACAUUUCAUAACCAUGGAACGCCGUUGGUCGAAAAUGUGGUAAAGCAAUGAAAAUGUUUUCUAAAUGUUUGUAGAACAGGAAAUAAUUAGACACUGAUGAAAUAAAAAAAAAACUUGUCUUAAUUAUUUGACUAUAAAUUACACUUUUUAAUAUUUUACAACAAAUGUUCAUCUACUCAAACAAACAGUGUUUUUUUUUUUUUUUUACCCACCAUGACCACCAUGACCACCUCGGAG